AUGUCUAAAAUUGAAGAGCUGCCGCCAUCUGACAUUGAAGAUGAAUCCUAUUCUAGUAAACCUGGAGACGUGUUUUUAGCGGUUGUGGAUACACCUGUUAAAGAAACUGAUGAAAUAUUGAUUGAGGACAGUUUUAUUGGCGGUGAGCCCAAAUGGCUGCAUCCAGAUUCACAACCACCAGUUGAACUAUUGAAAUGUGGUGCUUGUAAAUCAGCCGAUAAUAUGAAGUUAUUGCUACAAGCUUUUUCACCAUUAGAUGAUGAGCAAAUGAGUACCAUUCAACAGCGAGUUGGCGUUAAUAAUAUGAAUUAUGUUAAUCCCCAAGAUGAUAGAGUGCUAUAUGUCUUCCUUUGUACCAAAUGUCAAAGAAAGGGCAAUUCAGUGCGUUGUAUAAGAGGUGUAAAGAAGAAUAAAAACGAUGAUAAGCUUUCUGAGAAGAUGGCCUCAGCUUCGUUGGGUAAAAAUUUCCUAAAUAACCCAUUUGACAUUACAAACAACUCUGACUCUACACCUAAUGCAUUUUCAGGUAACCCAUUCGAAAAUCCUUCUACAGCUACCAACCCAUUUGGAGUUGAUAGCACCAAAUCAGGUAUAUCGCAAAAGGAAGGGGAAAAUAAAGAAGAAGAAUCUGCAAAGGCUUCUGCAAAGGCUGCCAGAAAACUGCACGAUUCACAAAAGGACAAAGAAUAUGAUCAAACUAGAUGUUUCAAAAGUUAUCUAUUAUAUGUUGAGGAAGAAACGUUCAAGAAUAAAAAGCCAGCACAUUUGCAACUACCUAAGAACUUAAAGAUUGACCAGGAAGCAUUGGAUUUAACAGGUGAUGAAGAUCUCGAAAAAGACCCGAUUAAGUUGGACCCAAGAACGGAAAAGUUAUGCAAGUUUCUUGAUGAUGACGUAUUCCAAAAGUUUCAAGAGGUGGUCGGUUACAACCCAUUACAAGUAUUGCGUUAUGACUUAGGUGGGAGACCAUUACUAUAUGCUGAAACCAAAAUUGAUAUCUUAUCAACGCUGCCAAGACCUGGUUACAACCCAUCAAGCCAAAGAAUUUUUGAAAUGCAGCUAAUGCCAAAGAUGAUUUUUGAUUUGGAGGAGACAGUAUCUGUUGAAAAUGGAAUGGAAUGGGGCACCAUCCUUGUUUUUACCGAUGUCGAAAAUUACAUACCUAAAUUUGAUGAACACGGUGUUGGCUAUGUAGAAGAAUGUGUCAAGGUCCAAUGGGAAUCGAGAACUUAA